UCCCGGGCCGCGGAGGCCGGGGCCGGCGGCGGGAUGGCGAAGAGCCGCGGGGCGAGCGGGCCGGGCGCGGCCGGGAGCCGCGAGAGCCUGGCCGGGGCCCCAGGGGCGGCGGGCGCCGGGGACGAGCUGAGCUCGCUGGGCUCCGACUCCGAGACCAACGGCGGGGAGCGGCGCGUGGACAAGUUCGGCUUCAUCGUGGGCAGCCAGAGCGCCGAGGGGCCGCUGGAGGAGGUGCCACUGGAGGUGCUGAGGCAGAGGGAGUCCAAAUGGCUGGAUAUGCUCAAUAACUGGGACAAAUGGAUGGCCAAGAAGCAUAAGAAGAUCCGGCUGCGCUGCCAGAAGGGGAUCCCGCCCUCCCUGCGGGGCCGGGCCUGGCAGUACCUUUCGGGGGGCAAGGUCAAGCUGGAACAGAAUGCUGGCAGGUUUGACGAGCUGGAUCUCUCGCUGGGGGACCCCAAGUGGCUGGAUGUGAUUGAGCGGGAUCUCCACAGGCAGUUCCCAUUCCACGAAAUGUUUGUGUCUCGGGGAGGACACGGGCAGCAAGACUUGUUGCGGGUGCUGAAGGCCUACACGCUGUACCGGCCAGAGGAGGGCUACUGCCAGGCCCAGGCUCCCGUCGCAGCAGUGCUGCUCAUGCACAUGCCUGCCGAGCAAGCCUUCUGGUGCCUGGUGCAGAUCUGCGAGAAGUACCUCCCCGGCUACUACAGUGAGAAGCUGGAGGCCAUUCAGCUGGAUGGGGAGAUCCUCUUCUCACUGCUGCACAGGUUCGCACCCGUGGCUUACAAGCACUUGAGCAAGCAGAAGAUUGAUCCCAUCCUGUACAUGACGGAGUGGUUCAUGUGUGCCUUCUCCAGGACCCUACCGUGGAGCUCCGUGCUGCGCGUCUGGGACAUGUUCUUCUGUGAAGGGGUGAAGAUCCUGUUCCGGGUUGGCCUGGUGCUGCUGAAACACACGCUCGGCUCCUCCGAGAAGCUCAAGUCCUGCCAGGGGCAAUACGAGACCAUGGAGAGGCUGAGGGCGCUGAACCCCAAGAUGAUGCAAGAGGCCUUCCUGGUGCAGGAGAUCAUAGAGCUGCCAGUGACAGAGCGGCACAUCGAGCGGGAGCACUUGAUCCAGCUGAAGAAGUGGAAGGAGACCCAUGGGGAGCUGCAGUGCAGGUCUCCCCCACGCCUACAUGGCGCCAAAGCCAUCAGCAACUCGGAGCCACAUUCCCUCAAGGAGCUGGACCCUUCGCCCGCCAUUAUCCUGCCCCCCAGGCAGGCGCUCCCACCCAAGGUCCGCAAGAAGGAGAAGAAACAAGACCAAAGGAAAGGCAAGCCGGCCAAUGGCCCCAUCCCUGAGGAGAACGGAGCCCAGGCCUUCAUCGAGCCUGCGGCCUCCCCGCAUCACCAGUCCAAGGAGAGCCUGAGUUCCCGCGAGAGCGAGGACACCUACUUGUAAUGGGGUUGCAGCACAUUCCAGCUCCGCGGUGGCUGAGUGCCCAGGGUUGCUUCCUCUGCGCCUGAGGGGCCAGCCAGCUGGGCCUAGACUCAGGACUGAUUCCCUGUUGCAGCCAAAGUGGGGAGCAGCAUGUGUCUGGGGGCCUCUCUCCUGCCACUCUGGGUGCCGGGGGAGGAGCCUUAUCUGUGGGAGUAAAGUUUUUAUUUAUUGUUUGGCCGCAGCUGAUUUGCAGAGCGGAGACCAAGGGAGCCAGGCUGUGCCUGGGGCGGCCAUUCAGACCCAUAGGCAAAGGGCUGUGAACCUGCGUCUGCCUGAGGGCUGAAUGCGUCUCUUCCUUCCAUUGGGAGGCUCAAAGCCCCGUUCCCAGGAAAGGUCCGGGGUCUGGCUGGCUGCUCCAGUGGGGGCUGGCUGAUGUUUGAAAUAAGCUGAUGAACUGACCUCAGGCAGAGCAGGGGGCAGAACUGAUCUCCCAGCCUGGGGCUGAGCAGUCCAUGUGGCUUCUCUCCCUGCUGAAGUUCCCUCUAAGGAUCCCAGCUGCUGUCUUGGCUGGGCCAAUCCUCCAUCGCUAAGUGGGCUGGAGCAGUGUGUACCCAGUGUCCAGGAGGAGCAUCCUAGGCUCAGCUGUUGCACAUGCUCUGCCUGAGCUGCAGAGGAAGAGUUGAGCUGGUCUCUCCUGCCCCAGCCCGUGCUGCAGGAGGGUCUCUAUUGCCCAAGGGGGGUGGCUCUCCUGGCCUGAGCGCGGCGGAUUCCAAACUCCUGCUGUGUCUGGGGGGGGCGGUUGUUAGGGAGGAAAUGACCUGAGCAUUUAUUACUGACUUUCUCUACUGCAGCGAGCCUAUUUAUUGGUCUGUGUAGCAUUACUGUUCAAAAGGAGCCUUGCCACUAUAUAGGGAAAGGUCAGAUCCGCCCCGGUGGGUGCCUGCAAAUCCUGGGCAGGAUGCAAGGGGCUGGGGACAAGGUCUGCAUGAGGCAGGGCUAGCACUGGCUGCUCAGGACCUGGGUGAAAGCCCUGCUUGCAGGGGACUGACCUGAGCCUGCUGCUUUGGGGUUUGCAGGGGCAGCCCUUCCUGAGGUCACCUGCAGGUGGCUGUAUGGCAGAUAAAUGAGGCCACUUGGAGCACGUGCUGUGCUGAUGAAAGCUGGUGCUAGGCCUGGCAGCUCAGCCCCAAAUGCUGAUAGAGAACAAGUGUAUUCAAGGGUUAAUCCAGAUGUGGAAGGGCAACAACUAUCUCCUCAAUGGGGGUGCAGCCUGCAGAUCCCAGACUGCAGAGCUCUCAUAUCCAGGAAGUCUCUGGCAUAUUGUAUUAGUUACUGCAGGUUGCACUUCCACACUGAGGGGCGCAGCGUUAGCUGGUUCUGGUGCAGCCUAGGGUGGCCUGAAGUUGGGGAGCCCUAGAUAUUGAUAGCAAAGGUGAAAGGGAAGGAGGGUCUAUUUUUCCAGCUCGCAGCAUUAAUGAGUCCGGGGCGAGUCUCUUAGGAAUCCUCUGGGUACUUCUUCACUCAGUCUUAGGCUUUCUGCAGACUGCCUCCUGGGGGUGGAAGGGAUCUGACUGGAGAGGCUUCUCCUUGCCCACCUCAACUAUGCUGGACACCGUUCCUGUGCGGGUGAGACUGUGUAAAAUAAAUCCGUGAAUGAAGUUGCAAUGUUUUUGUACAGAGAAUCAAUAAAGCAGAUUGUGUAAA